AUGGACACAGGCAAACGGCUAGCAGAGAAGAUGGCUCAGCUACGUGCAGAGAUGAGAGACCUGAAAUUUUCUCUAUGCCGGAGACAGCGAAGCCCAGCACCAUGCACACGGAAGCGAAGCUGUACCCGCACCUCAAGUCCAGGAUGGAGAAACAGUGCGGAGGAAUGUUGGUACCACCAAACCUUCGGUGGACAAGCCCGCAAGUGCCACCCUCCCUGCAGACGCAAAUAUGACCCAGGAAAACGAAUAGACCGACAGGCAGCGACGACGAUCCCUGUCGACAAGACCCUGUCCGACAACACGACAUCCAUCAAGAUCACGGGGGUGCCUUCGAGCUACAACACAACUAGGAUCAGCGUGGCAACACAGCACGACCCACGCUACGUAGAAAUCCUGCGCCGGUACAAGCACCUCACGCAACCCAUCAAACAAACUGAUGUAGGCGACCAUCAGACCCAACACAAUAUAAAGACCACCGGACAACCAGCAUAUUCACGGCCACGACGACUCCCUCCAUACAAAUUAGCAUAUGCCAAGAAAGCGUUUGGGGAGAUGCUGGCCGACAAUAUCAUCCGACCCUCAGACAGACCAUAUGCUUCACCACUGCAUCUGGUACCCAAAUCCGACGGUGAUUUCAGGAUCUGCGUGGAUUACCGGAAACUCAAUGCAUCCGCAGUGCCCGACCGCUAUCCUGUUCCACAUAUCCACGACUUUGCCUCAGAUCUACAGGGGGGCCGCAUUUUCUCAAAAAUCGACCUGACCAAAGCCUACUACCAAGUUCCAGUCGCUCCGGAGGACAUCCCAAAGACAGCAGUCACAACCCCUUUUGGACUGUUUGAAUUCCUAAAAUGCCCUUCGGACUGCGCAACGCAGCCCAGACGUUCCAGAGUUAUGUUUUGA